AUGUCCAUGCCAUCGCAUCACACCGAUGGCUUGGACUGGGAGGAAGAGGAAGUAGCAGAGGUGUGUGUGUGUGUGGUAGCGCUCUUGGCUGUCGCUGCGGCGAUGUCUCCUCUUGGCACUGCCUGAGGGACUAUAGGGGAAACUAUAGGGUAACCCUGGAGGUUAAACUAAAUACUCUCUCGCUCGCUCUCUUUCUGCAGUGGAGAAAGGGCAGGCUGUCUGUGAUGACAUCGCCUUCUGAUUGACUACCUGAGUGAAGGGGGACGAGAAGGAGGGACAGGGUGUAGGCCUACUCUGUGUAUAUGGGUAGUUGCCAUUUGGCCACAUGUGUGUCUUAUGCAUUGCAUUGCAAUUUAAUCAACUGUCAAGACUGCAACAAGCAAGGCCAAUAUAGCCACUCCUUAUUCAAACGUAUCUAUCUUUGUCUGGGCGUGUUGAGUUACGUAAUAACCAUGUCUGAUUGAUGGUAUCAUUGUAUCUUAAGAGCUCUUACCAGCCAUACAAUUCUUUAUUUACCCUCCACAACAAAUCCUAAUCUCUUAAUUGUACCAUAGCUAUAAUUUGAAACAUUUAUAACACGAUGUAAAGAGUUAAACUGCUAAAUCUAGUUAGAUUUUUCAUUAACGGAGGACUAGCCUCUCCUAUUGUUAUAUUAUUUACUGUUUUACUCUUAAAAGAUCAGAUUGUCUUACCCACUGUACCAAAACAGCCAGCAACCUGUAACUCUGAUUAAAAUGCAAUUUCUGUCAUUUAUGUUUGUCAUUUUUUGUCUUAUUUCUCUUUUUACCACUAAGCUUUCAGACAGAGGAGUUACAGUGAGGGGAAAAAAGUAUUUGAUCCCCUGCUGAUUUUGUACGUUUGCCCACUGACAAAGAAAUGAUCAGUCUAUAAGUUUAAUGGUAAGUUUAUUUGAACAGUGAGAGACAGAAUAACAACAAAAAAAUCCAGAAAAACGCAUGUCAAAAAUGUUAUAAAUUGAUUUGCAUUUUAAUGAGGGAAAUAAGUAUUUGACCCCCUCUCAAUCAGAAAGAUUUCUGGCUCCCAGGUGUCUUUUAUACAGGUAACGAGCUGAGAUUAGGAGCACACUCUUAAAGGGAGUGCUCCUAAUCUCAGUUUGUUACCUGUAUAAAAGACACCUGUCCACAGAAGCAAUCAAUCAAUCAGAUUCCAAACUCUCCAUCAUGGCCAAGACCAAAGAGCUCUCCAAGGAUGUCAGGGACAAGAUUGUAGACCUACACAAGGCUGGAAUGGGCUACAAGACCAUCGCCAAGCAGCUUGGUGAGAAGGUGACAACAGUUGGUGCGAUUAUUCGCAAAUGGAAGAAACACAAAAUAACUGUCAAUCUCCCUCGGCCUGGGGCUCCAUGCAAGAUCUCACCUCGUGGAGUUGCAAUGAUCAUGAGAACAGUAAGGAAUCAGCCCAGAACUACACAGGAGGAUCUUGUCAAUGAUCUCAAGGCAGCUGGGACCAUAGUCACCAAGAAAACAAUUGGUAACACACUACGCCGUGAAGGACUGAAAUCCUGCUGCGCCCGCAAGGUCCCCCUGCUCAAGAAAGCACAUAUACAGGCCCGUCUGAAGUUUGCCAAUGAACAUCUGAAUGAUUCAGAGGAGAACUGGGUGAAAGUGUUGUGGUCAGAUGAGACCAAAAUCGAGCUCUUUGCCAUCAACUCAACUCGCCGUGUUUGAAGGAGGAGGAAUGCUGCCUAUGACCCCAAGAACACCAUCCCCACCGUCAAACAUGGAGGUGAAAACAUUAUGCUUUGGGGGUGUUUUUCUGCUAAGGGGACAGGACAACUUCACCGCAUCAAAGGGACGAUGGACUGGACCAUGUACCGUCAAAUCUUGGGUGAGAACCUCCUUCCCUCAGUCAGGGCAUUGAAAAUGGGUCGUGGAUGGGUAUUCCAGCAUGACAAUGACCCAAAACACACGGCCAAGGCAACAAAGGAGUGGCUCAAGAAGAAGCUCAUUAAGGUCCUGGAGUGGCCUAGCCAGUCUCCAGACCUUAAUCCUAUAGAAAAUCUGUGGAGGGAGCUGAAGGUUUGAGUUGCCAAACAUCAGCCUCGAAACCUUAAUGACUUGGAGAAGAUCUGCAAAGAGGAGUGGGACAAAAUCCCUCCUGAGAUGUGUGCAAACCUGGUGGCCAACUACAAGAAACAUCUGACCUCUGUGAUUGCCAACAAGGGUUUUGCCACCAAGUACUAAGUCAUGUUUUGCAGAGGGGUCAAAUACUUAUUUCCCUCAUUAAAAUGCAAAUCAACUUAUAACAUUUUUGACAUGCAUUUUUCUGGAUUUUGUUGUUGUUAUUCUGUCUCUCACUGUUCAAAUAAACCUACCAUUAAAAUUAUAGACUGAUCAUGUCUUUGUCAGUGGGCAAACGUACAAAAUCAGCAGGGGAUCAAAUACUUUUUUCCUUCACUGUAUAGUUUACUAGCCUUAGGAUAGGUUGACUGGAGCUCUCCAUAGAUAUGAUGUAUUAGCUGCUCGUCUGUUGUAGUUCUACCAUUCAGGGAGUUAUCACUCCUCCUCCUCACACUGUCUGUGUUGACUCCAUCCCCUCACUCUGGUCUAUUUUGGGUCCUUAACCCGUCAGGCAUUCUAAGCAGCCACCCGAGCCGUGAAGGCUACGCCUGGUGGUGAACGCAGCAUUGUGGGUGUUUGUGACGAGGAAUGGUACCAGGGUCACUCAAAAUGAAUGGUCCUUCAGUGUUUCCCCUGUAUGCAUUAAAAACAUAAUUGUAUAAUAUAGAAGUAUGCCCCAGGAAGACCCCCCCCCCCCCCCUCCCCCGCAGGAAGACCCACCCCCCCCCCCCCUACCCCCACCCCACCCCGCUAAAUCUACCACCGCUGCUGAAAAAUACCUGAGUCUAAUUCCAUUCCGUUUAAGAUGGAGGGGCACAAAAUGGCUACUGCCUUUCUUUGACCUCUUCCUCAGUGUUCAGUCUCACUGGCAGGUUAAUGGUGUCUCAUAAAAACCUGAUAUGGCGCAAUCACGUGUAAACUCCAGUGUAAAGGUCCAGUGUAAACUCAACAUGCCUGUUUGGGUGGUGGGUAGCGGGGGCUCUCUCCAACUCCGUUGCUCAGUGGCAGAGCACGGAGACAUCCGAUACUCACUCAGUUUGGUCAUGUUUCAUUCACACAGACAAAGACUGUAAUGUCGUUCCGAUAUCCAAACUAAACUUGCAUACUACUUAGUAUGCAGGGAUGUGUUGGCUAGGCACACAAGAUGAAAUGCUGGGGCACGUUCAGCAGGCAAACGGCGUGGAACUUUACGGCUAGAAAUGACUUGAGUUGAUGUGAUUCCUUAUACCUUAUACUACAUGCCAGAAAGGCAUGUUUGUCCUUCAUACUACAUUUCUAUCUGAACGUUCCACAACGUUGUGCUCUUUUGAACGCAGCCCUGGUGUCGAGAGGGAGAUGGCCUGUGAUUACCUACCUGCCAGCUAUUUGUUUAGUCUGAUCUGCCUUGGUUAAAGCUAACAGCUGAGCUAUGUGAGGACUCUGAAUUACUCCAGAGGGAAUAGAUGUCCCCACGCUGUCUGGAUUACCCCCUCUAACCACUAGGCCUAACACUUGCUGGGUGGCUUGUCAAGAGCAGUUAGCUGAAAUGUUUACACCCGCCACAUAAUUGAGGACGUGGUCUAAUGGCUCAGUGUGGUUGGUGGUGAAUGGUAGAUGAUGCAUUUGUGAACCGUGAAGCCUAUACUGUAUGAAUGCCUUAUAUACUGGAUGCCACAGAUCUAAAUAGUUACAGUACACUGACCUACUUCUUCCGUUUAGCUCCUGGUGGAGCAGGGGGCCUCCCAAGGUCUAAAUCAUGACCACCCGGGUUGAGGGACCCUUAGUCCUCAAAGAGGUUCUGAGCUCUGGUGGCCUGACAGUGGCAGCCUGGGAAAAAUGUGUUCCCUUGUCGGAGAGGGUAAGUGCAGGCUAGGUGGUCCAUGAUAAGUUGACUGUGUGUGUGGUGCUAGUAGUGAAAUAUGUAUUUCAAACAAGAUUAGGCAAGUAGCCGACUGUGAUGUUUUGCAGUCCCGAUUCAAAUACAUUAUUUAUUUUAUUUGUGUACUCCUGUUUAGCACAUUUAGUCUACCACAUCCCAAGUCAUUGCUUUCAUCAAAACAUGUGGUUUGGUCAUUAAGUCCAUCAGUGCAUAUUUAUAGUAGUCUUCUCUUGAAGUACUUAGACCUUGUCCUGUUGACCAGCCCAUAGACCUUGUCCUGUUGACCAGCCCAUAGACCUUGUCCUGUUGACCAGCCCAUAGACCAGUGUGUGUUUGAGAGGAGCCAGGAGAGAUAAAGGGCUAAAUCUGUGUGUUAUCAGUGACAGCUGGCUCCAUGUAGCACACACACUGUCAUCGGUGUAAAGACACUUAUCACUCUUAACUGUGUUCUCAGUCAGACAAGGAUUGAUUAGAACUUGUAUUUUGAGUCUGGUCAACACUGGAAUGUUGCAAAUGGUUUCUGUUCUAGAACUUUCUGUGCUAGAACUAUUUUAGUUACAGGGAAAUGUUGUCAACCAAAGAUGCAAAGAUGGGGAGAGUUCUCAAAGAGCUGUGUGAAGUUAUUGAUGAGAAGGAAGUUCAUGUCAUUUUCACACACAUACAAACACACACAAACACAUCCUUGCUCUCUCUGCCUGUCAUUUCCAUAGCUAAGUGAAAGGUUAUAUGAGGGUUUGCAUGCCACCAGGAAGCCAGGCUAUCUCAUCCCAGAGAAACGUUUCCUCAACGUUCAUAUCGUACCAAACAAACAUUACCUCUACGUUUCUUCAUACGCCUACACAGUGUAGUUACUCUAAUCAGCUUGUGUGUGUUUUCCCUCUGAUCUUGUGAUUCAAUAGCCUUUAACUCUUAACUGAGCUUUAACAUAAGAAAUGCUGGCUUGGCUUUGAAUUCUUCAGCAUCCUUAUUAAUUGAAUCAAAAUUAAUCUGAUUAUUUUCCACACGGCUGUAACAUGCCUGGACUUGAAGAAAAUGUAUCUGAAAGUAGUGAUUAUGGUUUGGUUUUUUGCAGUUGCUUCCGGUCAAUCUUUUGAUUUAUUUACUCAUUAUUUAAUCAGAUAAGUCAUGGAAUGAUUGGUUGAUGAUGCCAUUCUCCACAUAUAAAUAUGUGAUUGAGUUAUUACUGUUUUCAGGCCUUUAACCUUUCCAUCCCUUGAUCUUUGUGUGAAUUAAUUUAAACCACUUGGUCUGUAGCUGCAGCCAGCUUACCCCUGAACUUCACAGGACAUGUAGGCUAAUUCCCUUCCCAGCCCUAUGUGCUUCUUGAUGUGGAAAAGUUCUGGAUAGAUUUUCAGUUCUAAGCUGCAACACGUGUGGCGGAUAUUGGAACUUUGCUCUUGUCAAACAUCUAGUGUUUGUUCAUUCAUGGUUUAGUUAGAUACAGUAGGGUGAUGUUGACCUAUUGGGAGAACCCAACAUCUCUCUCUCUCUCUCUCUCUCUCGCUCUGUCUCUCUCUCUCUCUGUCUCUCUGUCUCUCUCUCUCUCUCUCUCUCUGUCUCUCUGUCUCUCUCUCUCUCUCUCUCUCUCUCUCUCUCUCUCUCUCUCUCUCUCUGUCUCUCUGUCUCUCUGUCUCUCUCUCUCUCUCUGUCUCUCUGUCUCUCUCUGUCUCUCUGUCUCUCUGUCUCUCUCUGUCUCUCUCUGUCUCUCUCUCUGUCUCUCUCUCUCUCUCUCUUUCUUUAUCUGUCUCUCUCUCGUUCUGUCUCUUUCUCUGUCUCUCGCUCCCUUUCGUGUAAAGUCUCUACAUUUUCUCACCGUGUGGGAACUGGGAAGAAUGAGUCUUGGGUGUGUGUUGCUCUUUGUUUGGACAAAUCCUCUCUGCUUAUUUACAUGGUCUCCUUCCUUUUGUGUUUUCUGUGAGUUUUCUGUGUGUGUGUGUGUUAUGCAAUCGAUUGCCAUUUCAAUGUCAUUCCAAUUUACAGAGACUGUUUUAAAAUUGAAAUGUUGCUGUGCUGGCUCCAGUAAUGCAGUAAGGACACUAACAGUGUGUCCUCAUAAGAUACCGUGGAAUAAUAGAUUUCUAGAGAUAUCAAGUGAGUCUGUCGUCAUGGAGAUAGAGAUGUUUUCCUGAAUACCGAGCUGUGUCUUUCUCUGUCUUCUUUGGAGAGAAUGACCUCUUCCUGUCCUCCUGUCAUCUUCAUAUCGCCAUGGCGUUCUGAUGGUUCCACUGAGCCUGCCUGCGCGGGUUAGGGCAAUGAACAUGUCUCACGCAGCUCUGUGUGUCUGUGUGUGUGUGUGUGUGGGCGCAUGCAUGUGUGUAAUCUCUAUUUACACGGGACUAGCUGGUCAAUAGCCCUGUGUAUCGGCAUGUCACAUAUUGUCAUCUAUUUACACGGGACUCGCUGGUCAAUAGCCCUGUGUAUCGGCAUGUCACAUAUUGUCAUCUAUUUACACGGGACUCGCUGGUCAAUAGCCCUGUGCAUCAGCAUGUCACAUAUUGUCAUCUAUUUACAUGGGACUAGCUGGUCAAUAGCCCUGUGUAUCAGCAUGUCACAUAUUGUCAUCUAUUUACACGGGACUAGCCGGUCAAUAGCCCUGUGUAUCAGCAUGUCACAUAUUGUCAUCUAUUUACACGGGACUCGCCGGUCAAUAGCCCUGUGUAUCAGCAUGUCACAUAUUGUCAUCUAUUUAAACGGGACUAGCCGGUCAAUAGCCCUGUGUAUCAGCAUGUCACAUAUUGUCAUCUAUUUACACGGGACUAGCCAGUCAAUAGCCCUGUGUAUCAGCAUGUCACAUAUUGUCAUCUAUUUACACGGGACUAGCCAGUCAAUAGCCCUGUGUAUCAGCAUGUCACAUAUUGUAAUUGUCUGCUGUAUUUUCCCUUCCCUCCAUUUCCCUCCAGAGCCUGGCGCUACUUUCUGCUGCAGCAAAUAAGGGUGGGAGACUUUGGCUGCUUAGCAACAGUGAAUGCUGAUUUGGCUUGGUGGGAACAGGCUCUUCCCACUUUGGGAGGGGGGAGGGGGUGGUUACCUGCUCUCUCUCUCUCUCUCUCUCUCUCUCUCUCUCUCACUCACUCACUCACUCACUCACUCACUCACUCACUCACUCACUCACACACACACACACUUCUCUCCAACAGUGUCAACAUAACUGAACUCUCCCCUCCCACUCUAAGUUAGAUCUUGAACAUGGCUGGCUGUGUGUGUGCUUUAGGAGGAGGUGUGUGUGUGCACGUGCUGGAAGUGUGUGUGUGUCGUGGAGCAAGUCGAGGAGAGCUGCUGCUGCUGGCAUGAGGUGCUCACGGUAAGGGGGAAAACACAUUCCACGGCUGCCUUACACACACAAACACACUACUCCCCCCUCCCUCUCUCUCUCUCUGAGAGGCUGUGGGGUUAGUUACUGCAGCACCGCCUAGCUGAGCUUCAGAACCGAAGGGGAGGGGUGGUUCCCUCUCUCUCUCUGAACCUCGGCAGUAUGAGUAGAACACUGAUAGUAUCGGACAUGGCGGGGACAACUCUACCACCACAUUAACUGCGCAGCAGCGCGUGUGUGUGUGUGUGUGUGUGUGUGGGAGCGUUCAUGGGAGAGCGCUAAGUGAGCGCUAGGAAAAAGAGGGAGUGUGUAAAAGGAGAAGCAGCACCAUUCUGGCUGUGUUUUCUCUCAGCUUACAGAGGGGCUGGAUAUCUGGGUAAGUCAUGGCUGGACCAACAGUACUUUGUAUGAUGGAGUUGUGUGUGUGGAGGUAGAUAGCUUUACAUGUUAACUUUGUCUUGACUCGGGGGCAUAUUUCAGUCUGAUUUCAGCCUGGGUAUUUGGAUAAAAGUUUUGAACUGAAACAAGUUGUUCAGGAUGUUAUUACUGAUUUUACAUAAUUAACCUAUGUUCCAGUACAUUUGACAUUUGAGUCAUUUAGCAGAUGCUCUUAUCCAGAGCAAUCAGGGUUAAGUACCUUGCUCAAGGGCACAUCGACAGAUUUUUCACUCAGUCAGCUCGGGGAUUCGAGGUUGCUGGCCAAUGUUCUUAACCGCUAGGUUACCUGGCACCAGUACUGUUGUAGUAGUUAGCUAUAACUUAAUAUUGACUCUCCUGUACAUGAGAUUGAUGUCCUUUAUUAGCAUAUCACAUAAGACUGACUGAGCAUCAAUUGUUUUUAACAGACUGACUGAGCAUCAAUUGUUUUUAAUCAGCCUGCCUAGGGGCAUGGAUUCCAUCUGCAUGUAUGGUGAAUUGUAUAAAGUUGCAGUCUGAUCCAUAUAUUAGCUAUAAGCUCUGUACUGUAAUGUUCUGCUCUGUAGGUAGCUGGUUUGGCAGCUAUCCAGCACCUCUCUCUGACGUUAUUAAGAGACCAGAUUGAUUGUGUGUGUGUGUGUGUGUGGCCGGGACACUCGUCACUGUUACACAGCACAGGGCUAAAUAAACAGGGUCAACACACUCGUUAAUGAUGUCGCCGGGGGCAAACGGUGUGACGUGCACACACACGCACUCCUUAACGGUCAGAGAGUGUCGCAUUCACACACAAACAAAUACUGUCUGCCUCUUAAAACGGUGUGCGAUUUCACACACGCGCACACACACACACACAGUCUGUAGAAGCACUUGUUCCUUUCCGACCCCACAGAUACAGCGAUGUUUGUAUUCUGAUAGGGUACCGUUCUCCUGAAACGUCUCGUCCUUGUCUGUGGGUGACCUAGCACGCUACUCAUUCCUAUGGCAACCACUUUUGUUCUGACAGCGUUCUCAGCUAGACCGAGGUGCUGUCCUAGGAAUGGAAAGACACAGGGUAUUAUGAAGCAUCUGACUGUUUCUUCAUUUUCAUUCCUUGGUGCCGUCUGCCUUCCUGAUUAGACAGAGCCUGUUGGCACCAUAUAAAUCGAGUCUAAGUAUCUAAUCAUUCUAUUGUUACCACAGUCAUAGGGAAGCCAGGAUCUAUUGCUGUGAGACGCAUUAACGAUGAAUUGACAUGAUUACCGACAUGUCAAUAAUGAAGGAGCUCAGGGUGAGUUUUAGUUCAGACAGGCAGUGGAGCUGCCGAGGGGAGUGUUGAAAUGCAGAGCUUCAAGGUACAGUCUGAUAUCAGUAGACAUGGUGUGAUACAGAGGAAAGCAAAGGCCUGACCAAGAUUUGUUCCCAUGAGGAUAAGGUGUGCAUAUCAGAUAGAUCUGCUGUGCUGUGCACUUCUCAGCAAGUAUCAGUGAGCAGAGAUAUGGAUUUAUUGAAAAGGUAGUUUACAUUGAAUGUAAUCAACACGUUGGGUAAUUUUGUUCCGUUUCUGAUUUGUUGAAAUUAUGGGAAAGUACAGGUGUUGUAACCAAGCAUAUGUAAAGAUGUCUAUGACUGUUGUAAAGUCUGGUAACAUUGACGUAAAUCAGCCAGUGAUGACAAGUAUUGAUUGUGCCUUUACUGUGAACUUUGAUGCCUCGCAUGGAAAGUCUAAGCUGAAAAAUAUGAAUGGCUUAUCCAUUAAACAAUGGUUUAAUCGGAGAAAGGACCAUGUGUUGUAUUUAAAAUAUGAAUGAAUACCCCAAUAGGAAAGAGCUGAGCAGUCUUAAUAGCUUCCAACAGGACGGAAUGGAAUAAGCUGUGGCUGGCACUGACCAGUGUGAGGGUGAUUAUAGCCCACGGAAUAGCUACAGACACACACACAGGGAGGUGACCCAACCAGCUGCUAAUCCUACAGGAACACUGCACCAUUCCUCCGGCUGAUGCUGUUUCGACCAGGCACAAGAGAGGAGAGGGAGGGAGGAAGAGGGGGAGGGAGAGAGUGGAUGAAUAGAUAUAGUUGUGAAUAGAUAUAUAAUGUUCCCCAACAGGGAAAGAGCAUUCCCAGCCUCCCUUUCUGGAGCUGCUGUACCCCGAAACCCUGACUGACUGACUGACUGACUGACUGACUGACUGACUGACUGAUUGCGCUCACUGACUGACUGACUGCGCUCACUGACUGACUGACUGACUGACUGACUGACUGACUGACUGCGCUCACUGACUGACUGACUGCGCUCACUGACUGACUGACUGACUGACUGACUGAGGGUUAGGGCAACUGCGGACGCUGUGGAACAAGCUUUAGGGCUGUUCUGAUCUCCAGUCAGAUUAGUGACGGUGAAAGCAAGGUGUCGUUAGCCUUACAAGUGCAUGACAACCAACCUGAGUAAAGAGGAAACCUAGACUAAUCUUCCUGGAAUGAGAGGCAUGUUUUCUGUAGAGGGGGAUGGCGAGAGAGGAAGGUUCAUAAUAGAAGUUUUGAUAUUUUCCUGUAUGGGUUUACUAAUGGCAUUACUUUGACCUAUUAAAUUUUUUCAUUCCGUGAUCUUCAAAUGACGUUAUGCAAUAGUUAGGCAUAGAUGCUGAAGUAACUGCCAAAGUUCGAGUCUCGGCUCCAACAGGAAGUGAUGUCGUUGUUUGGUCUGAUUGCGUAAUGUCCAGGAGCCUUGGGAGGUAGGCUACGGUAUGACCACUGGCACUAACACAGUCAUUUGGGAUAUUUAAAAUCCCUAGGUUUACUUUUAUCAUAUAAUUUUCACUACAUGUCUCAAUCUUCCCAGUCUUGGUCAAUAUUACAUUAAAUUAAAUCAUUCAAUUUACUGUCGUACUGUGAAGAUUACAAUGUAGGGGGGAAUCUUGGAGGAGAAUGAUUUGGACCAACGCUGUGUAACUUUAGCCUGUGUUAUAGUAAUGAUUUGGACCAACGCUGUGUGACUUUAGCCUGUGUUAUAGUAAUGAUUUGGACCAACGCUGUGUGACUUUAGCCUGUGUUAUAGUAAUGAUUUGGACCAACGCUGUGUGACUUUAGCCUGUGUUUAUAGUAAUGAUUUGGACCAAUGCUGUGUGACUUUAGCCUGUGUUAUAGUAAUGAUUUGGACCAACGCUGUGUGACUUUAGCCUAUGUUAUAGUAAUGAUUUGGACCAACGCUGUGUGACUUUAGCCUAUGUUAUAGUAAUGAUUUGGACCAACGCUGUGUGACUUUAGCCUAUGUUAUAGUAAUGAUUUGGACCAACGCUGUGUGACUUUAGCCUAUGUUAUAGUAAUGAUUUGGACCAACGCUGUGUGACUUUAGCCUGUGUUAUAGUUUAUUAUUUAUGGAGGUCUAUUGAGACCGAAGUGGUUGGUAUAACCAUCGAUUAAAUCUGUGUGUGGAGCAUCAAGAUCGUCAGUGUGCUGGAGUUUGUUUUCAAUGUACUCCAUUACUGCCAUUUGACCAAUAGUCAAAUUAAACCAAUCACGUUAAAGGUUACUUCCUGGUUAGUGAACUCUUGCACCACUGUAAUACCAGUUGUGGAUAAAGUGUCAUAUUUACAUGAUUACACUGUAGCAGACCGGCAGGAAGACCGUGUGUGUGUGUGCCUGUGUGCCUGUGUGUGUGUGUGUGUGUGUGUGGCCUACAGUCUCCUCUCUCUCCGGGUGUCUUAGUUCCUUGUUGUUCCGGAUGAGUUGUCAUCUAUUAGCAGCUCUGCUGUGUUCUGGAACAGGGCAAGAUGGAGAGAGAGACCUGCACUCUCCCCCACUGCCAACAUUAUCUAAUGGGUAGUGUUUAAAACCCUCACUCUCAAUUCCUUACUAAACAUCAUCACCAUCCAUCUAGGCUCCAUAUGUAUGUGUGUGUGUACGUGUGUAUGUAUGUGUGUGUGUGUGUGUGUAUGUGUGUGUGUCUACACGGCAACUCGGAUAGUGUCUGUUUUUGAUACCCAAUCUCCUAUUGACACUUAAAGAUUACCUUAAAGCUUAAUGUUGAAGAUACCUUUGCAAAGUCUGUCAACAAUACAUCACUCGAAGCUGCCACAACUGUCAGUAAGAUUGUCCAUGAUUGAAUCUCUUCAUUCAAAGACUCAAUCAUGGACACUCUUACUGACAGUUGUGGCUGCUUCGUGUGAUGUAUUGUUGUCUCUACCUUCUUGCCCUUUGUGCUGUUGUCUGUGCCCAAUAAUGUUUGUACCAUGUCUUGUGCUGCUACCAUGUUGUGCUGCUGCCAUGUUGUGUUGCUACCAUGUUGUUUUCAUGUUGGGUUUCUACCUUGCUGUGUUGUCGUGUGUUGCUGCCAUGCUAUGUUGGUGUCUUAGGUCUCUCUUUAUGUAGUGUUGUGGUGUCUCUCUUGUUGUGAUGUGUGUUUGGUCCUAUAUUUAUAUAUAUUAUUUUUUUAAUCCCAGCCCCCGUCCCCGCAGGAGGCCUUUUGCCUUUUGGUAGGCCGUCAUUGUAAAUAAGAAUUUGUUCUUAACUGACUUGCCUAGUUAAAUAAAAUAAAUAAAAAAUGUUGAUGCUACCUCUGCUAAGUCUGUCAUGUUGUCUCAAUCUAAAGUUGGCUUGUGUACCUUUUCUAGUUUUCUUCCCUGGUUAGGUUAUGAGUUCUAGGCUAAUAGUUCAGUGCAGUGGUGCCUUUUUUAAACCUCUGAAUCUCUCAACUUCCCCUCCACCUCUCCAUCCCUCUCUUUAUAGUACUCGACAGGCGUGCACUAAAGCGCGGCAGGGUCUCUCUCCCCCCUCCAACAAUCACCACGCGUGUACAUUUACCCAUAAACCCCCGGGGGACGAAGACCUAAGAGCAUAACGUGAACGGACACCAACUCUUAGAUGUGGGGAAUGAAGCUCUGACUGAAGCCCAGGAAGUCAGGCUGAGUCGCAAAUGGCACCCUACUCCCUAAGUGCACUACUUUUGACCAGGGCCCAUAGGGUUACCCACAGCGCUCUGGUCAAAAGUAGUGCACUAUAUAGGGAAUAGGGUACCAUUUGUGACCAAACGUUCCGCUCGCUGUUUCCUUAAUUAUAAUGAUCCUGCAUAGGCUAGUGUGUAGAGAUGGGAGGAUGUCAUUGGAGUGUGGGAAUCACUGUUACUAAAUGGAGUUGAUCCAAUGAUAUGUAAGGAUCCACUGGAUCGUACAUUGGAGUGCUGCAGUCUCUUUCUAAGAGGUCAAUUCUACUUGAACUUCACACUAUGGUGCCGAACCUAACCGUGCACUUUUAGUGUGGUCGGCAUGAUAGUCUGUAAAUUAAGUAAGUAUGCUUGUUGAAAUUCCUACUCCCCAGGGGCCUCAUUUAUAAACAUUGUGUACGCAUAAAAUAUGUCCCAAAACAUGCGUGCGCCAAGUUGGCAUUUAUAAAAAAUAUCCUCCCACAAACUUUAGACCAUGUGUACACACAGUUUGUAGUGGUUGAAGUGUUCCAUUGCAAAAAGGUAAAAGUAACCUAGUGCAGGAAUAUAUUACAUUUGACAUUUAGCAGACGCUCUUAUCCAGAGCGACUUACAGGAGCAAUUAGGGUUAAGUGCCUUGCUCAAGGGCACAUCGACAGAUUUUUCACCUAGUCGGCUCUGGAUUAGAACCAGCGACCUUUCGGUUACUGCCACAACGCUCUUAACCACUAAGCUACCUGACUUAUGAACAACCAAAAAACAGCUAGCUAAAUAGAAUAACCAGAUGCAGCUAUUGUCUGUUAGUGAGAUGAGCGUAAAAUCGAUUCCUUUUAUCUUUGCAUUCUAAAAUAAUUAGAAAUCUAUGUCAUUUCCAUGAUCAUUGCAGUAUAAAUUAUUUGUCUUUUCUCACUAUCGGCCUACAAUAUACCAUCUCGGACGGUAUUUUAAAGUAUUUUGCUCUAUCCGAUCCAAUCCGAUCCGAAGUGCAGUUUAACAGUAGAACAGACGGUUCACCUUUUCCAUUGAUUUUUUCAGGCUACGUCUGAAUAGCCUACUGUAAUGUCACAUUUCUCGAGUAGCCUAGACAACAUUUCAUUUAUAAGCAUAAUGCAUAACCAUUGCAGAAUAAAUUCCUCACCUUUUCUGGCCAAGAGUUCAUAUUCCCGAAGUAGCCAUACAACAAAUUACCAUGCGCAUCUCUAAUUUAAUUGGGCCUAUUAGAUAGGCUAUUACAAUUAAACGUUUUUGCUCUAUGCAUCCGAAAGGUAGCGCGGUUUAUAACAUACAGGUGAACGGACAGUAGAUCUUUUGCAUUGAAGUGUGUACAGUCGUGGUCAAAAGUUUUGAGAAUGACACAAGUAUUGGUCCUCACAAAGUUUGCUGCCUCAGUGUUAUGAGAUAUUUUUGUCAGAUGUUACUAUGGUAUACUGAAGUAUAAUUACAAGCAUUCCAUAAGUGUCAAAGGCAUUUAUUGACAAUUACAUUAAGUUUAUGCAAAGAGUCAGUAUUUGCAGUGUUGACCCUUCUUUUUCAAGACCUCUGCAAUCCGCCCUGGCAUGCUGUCAAUUAACUUCUGGGCCACAUCCUGACUGAUGGCAGCCCAUUCUUGCAUAAUCAAUGCUUGGAGUUUGUCCAAAUUUGUGGGUUUUUGUUUGUCCACCUGCCUCUUGAGGAUUGACCACAAGUUCUCAAUGGGAUUAAGGUCUGGGGAGUUUCCUGGCCAUGGACCCAUUCCCGAGCCACUUAGUUAUCACUUUUGCCUUAUGGCAAGGUGCUCCAUCAUGCUGGAAAAGGCAUUGUUCAUCACCAAACUGUUCUUGGAUGGUUGGGAGAAGUUGCUCUCUGAGGAUGUGUUGGUACCAUUCUUUAUUCAUGGCUGUGUUCUUAGGCAAAAUUGUGAGUGAGCCCACUCCCUUGGCUGAGAAGCAACCCCACACAUGAAUGGUCUCAGGAUGCUUUACUGUUGGCAUGACACAGGACUGAUGGUAGUGCUCACCUUGUCUUCUCCGGACAAGCUUUUUUCCGGAUGCCCCAAACAAUCGGAAAGGGGAUUCAUCAGAGAAAAUGACUUUACCCCAGUCCUCAGCAGUCCAAUCCCUGUACCUUUUGCAGAAUAUCAGUCUGUCCCUGGUGUUUUUCCUGGAGAGAAGUGGCUUCCUCACUGCCCUUCUUGACACCAGGCCAUCCUCCAAAAGUCUUUGCCUCACUGUGCGUGCAGAUGCACUCACACCUGCCUGCUGCCAUUCCUGAGCAAGCUCUGCACUGGUGGUGCCCCGAUCCCGCAGCUGAAUCAACUUUAGGAGACGGUCCUGGCGCUUGCUGGACUUUCUUGGGCGCCCUGACGCCUUCUUCACAACAAUUGAACCUCUCUCCUUGAAGUUCUUGAUGAUCCGAUAAAUGGUUGAUUUAGGUGCAAUCUUACUAGCAGCAAUCUCCUUGCCUGUGAAGCCCUUUUUGUGCAAAGCAAUGAUGACGGCACGUGUUUCCUUGCAGGUAACCAUGGUUAACAGAGGAAGAACAAUGAUUUCAAGCACCACCCUCCUUUUAAAGGUUCCAGUCUGUUAUUCAAUCAGCAUGACAGAGUGAUAUCCAGCCUUGUCCUCGUCAACACUCUCACCUGUGUUAACGAGAGAAUCACUGACAUGAUGGCAGCUGGUCCUUUUGUGGCAGGGCUGAAAUGCAGUGGAAAUUGUAUUUUUGGGAUUAAGUUCAUUUUCAAGGCAAAUAGGGACUUUGCAAUUAAUUGCAAUUCAUCUGAUCACUCUUCAUAACAUUCUGGAGUAUAUGCAAAUUGCCAUCAUAAAAACUGUGGCAGCAUACUUUGAAAAUUAAUAUUUGUGUAAUUCUCAAAUCUUUUGACCACGACUGUAGGCUACCACUGUAAGUAGGCCUACUGUAGUUUGUAAAAAAUUCAAAGGAAACCAAUAUUUCAGAAUUCGCAGGCAGUGCAGCAUAUUUAGGUUCGGAUAAAGUAAAUGCUAAACAUUAUUGAAUUAAAACGAUCUGUUUACAGGUCCACAACAAUUUGCAAUUGUGUUUCUGUUUUAGAAACGGUCAGAUAGCCUACAGCAAAUGUCUUGGCCUAAUUCCAAUACUUCCAAAGUAUACAGCAAAUAAGGGCGUUAUUGUCACCAUAAAAGGUGAAAGAUGGGCAUUCAAUUUUAAAUGCUCGUUCACGCGCGCACAGUUUUACGACACGUCUGAUUUAUUUAGAGAGGGCAACUGAGAUGACAGAGGACGAGUGCAGAUGCUCGGGAGUACUACAAGGUUACUUUGGACAGUUGCCGACGUGCAGUGAGCCUAGCUACCGGCUACAGAGACCAGUUGGUUUGCAGACCAGUCAUCAUUGCUCCGGGUCCAGACCUGUCUGACCCUGUCCCUGACCAAGGCUCCUGAGACUUCCAGCUGGCUCUGACCGACUGAUACACCCUCCCUCCUUCCACACAGACAUUUAUCACACCAUGUCACAUGAUUAAUUUGUUUAUUUAAUUAUUUGUUUAUUUAUUUAGAUGGACUGCACAUCAGCUCUUAGCUGCCAAUGUUGUACACCUUGACAAUCAACUAAACCUUAAUAUAAACUGGGUGGUUCGAGCCCUGAAUGCUGAUUGGCUGACAGCCGUGGUAUAUCAGACCGUAUACCGCGGGUAUGACAGACGUUGGUAACCAGUUUAUAAUAGCAAUAAGGCACCUCGGGGUUUGUGGUAUAUGGCCAAUAUACCACUGCUAAGGGCUGUGUCCAGGAACUCCGCGUUGCGUCGUGCGUAAGAACAGCCCUUAGCCGUGGUAUAUUGGCCAUAUACCACACCUCCUCAAGCCUUAUUGCGUAAAUAUAGCAUUCAUGAAGUCUUCAUAACACUCUUUUGUCAUAGGAGACACACAAUUCUCUUGACAUUAAACCUCAGCGCUAACAACCCUUAAACACUAACAACCCCCUCAGCAUGGUAGAGCUGUACAGUGCUACAGGGGUACCUCCCUCCUCCUGGAUAGAGGUAAAUGCCAAAGGGCAGUGGGACUCUGUCUCAGGUGUACCAGCUCACCUGUCAGCUAGCGUUCCCACAACGGCAGCGGGCUAAUGCAUGUUUGAUAAGGCCAGUGUGAUACACACACACACACACACUCAGGUCUGCAGUCGCCCGCCCAGCCCUAACUCAUGCAUUAGAAAUGAGACCGGGUCACCCGGGGAAGAGACACCACAACAUUAGUAACAACUCAGAACAGCAGAGGGCAGAGACACCACAACAUCAGUAACAACUCAGAACAGCAGAGGGCAGAGACACCACAACAUCAGUAACAACUCAGAACAGCAGAGGGAAGAGACACCACAACAUCAGUAACAACUCAGAACAGCAGAGGGAAGAGACACCACAACAUCAGUAACAACUCAGAACAGCAGAGGGAAGAGACACCACAACAUCUGUAACAUCAUUUGCUACUACCUGCUUCCCACGCAUCAGAUGAACCGUGAUGGCAUUAUGUCAAAGUGAUGGCAUUUAGAAUGACCUAUUAGCCUGCUGAAUGAAGUGGUUAAUGCCAUCAUUGUGCAUUUGAAUGGCUUCCUAAAUGUUUUAUUUAGUCAACCUAUAUUCAUCCAGGCAAGUCAGUUAAAGAUGCACUUGGUAGAAAUCGCUCCGCCAUUUCAGUUUAUGUGACAAAACAAGCAAGUAAAGUAUAGAGAAUCAUUGUACCAUCUAAACCGCCGUGAAAUAUAUUUUCCAUAACCAACAAUAUUGUAUUUUCAGCUGUUUGAAGCUGGUGUACAAAACCCAAAGUAAAAGAUGCAAAAACUAAACUUAAAAACGGGAAGCAUAGAAAUAGCGCCCAUAGAACAGAUCUACCACUUCUUAGACUUGCUUUCAAUGAGAAUGACAGAUCUAUAAAUUUCAUUUCUAUGUGAAUGUGGUCGGGUCGCCCAAAAAGUUACCUAUUGCAGCUUUAAGAACUAAUUCUCACAUACCAUGACAACCUGACAAGUAUUGGGUUGGUUGAUCAUGUUUGAGUGUGCAGUAGGGUUGACCAUGUUGUUGGGGUGAAUAGGGGUGGAGUUUAUAGAAAACACGCUAGGUGAGGCAGUACUAUCGGUCGCACUAACUGUUGUCUAGGUGUAGUAGUGAGCUCAUAGGCUCUAUAGGCUUCCUAUUGUCGCUGGGCCAUUCAUUGAAGCAGCACUGUCCUGGAUAUGAAAAUAAAACUGAUCCUUAUUAUAGCCCCUCUCAUUCUCACUCUGACCCAGAUUAACACACACACACACUGACAGGCAGGUGGGAGUCUUUUAGCCUGUAUACCACAAGCUAUCUAUCUUAGUUUUUGGAUAUGGAGCUGCAGUUUGUUCCUCGUUCAGACCAAGCUCUCGCAUCUGUAGUCCAAAGGUUUAGAACACGUGUUCCCAGAGGACUGCUAGCCGUUCCUCGCUAGCUAAAUGGAGGUUCCUCUCUCUCUCUCUCUCCGGAUCUUUCCCUCUCAGGAACCUGCUGCAUAUCUGUUGUUGUUUCCGUGGAAAAAGCAAAGCGACUCCAUCUGGUGUUGCAGUAUCUCAGCAAACACGCUUUCCUCUUCAUCGUUAUCAUGUGCAAAAUAUCUGGGGUGUGUUCGUUAAAGCGCAACGUAACAAAACGUUUUCCUAUCAGAUUAGUUCAGGUCGUCCUACCAUGUUUGUCUGUUUUUCUGACGUUUGGUGCCUAAUGAAUGCCACCCCGAUCUUUUCUGUUUCUCCAUUUAGUUCAGUUUAGUCUCUGUCUCUGCAUUCACCCUCAUACUGCAUGUCCCAAAUGGCACCCUAUUCUGGAGUUUCCCAACUCCAGUCCUCCAGUGCCCCCAAAAGCACACAUUUUUGUUGUAGUCGCCCAGACAAACUCACCUGAUUCAACUCAUUGAGGGCUUGAUGAUUCGUUGACAAGUUGAAUCAGGUGUGGUUGUCCGGGGUUACAACAAAAAUGUGUGCUUUUGGGGGUACUGGAGGACUGGAGUUGGGAAACACUGCCCUACUGCAGUACCUUUGACCAGAGCGCUAUGGGGCCUGCUCAAAAGUAGUGCACUAAAUGGGGAAUAGGGUGCCAUUUGGGACGUACACUACUGUACGUCUAUGGCCUUUCUAACAUUGCCUAAGCUUCGACAGAGCUGUUGUUUGUAACUUUUAUGAAAGGCCAUUUCUGGAACAGUGUGGUGAGGCUCUUUGUAGUGUCACCUCCUAUCAAUACUAAAUACAGAGACCAACUUUCCAGCAUCUUUACUUUUCCCCUGGUUAUGAGUAUCAAAGCCAGUUUCAUUAAUAAGGGAGAAUAUUUUGUCCUAAGCUGGUUGACCUCAUUGGUUUAAAUGGCAACAGAUUUCUGCUUAUUGUAAUACCACCUACUGUAUGAAUGGCAGGGUAUCAGUUGUUUGAAGAUACUUCCAAGAGAAAAUGAUUUUGAAUUUGGGAUUCAAGCAUUACACGAGUUUCCAUAUCAUAAGUAAUUAGGUUAUGUUGAUACACUGUGUGCUUUUGUUAAAAUGUGUGGUGUUGUAGUGCAUUUUUAGUGGUGUAAUAUCCAGUUUAAUCACUUCCUAUCUUUGACCAACAGAGGGCAGCAGAGUUCUCUCUCUCUCUGUCAUGCUCUCUCGCUCUCUCUCUCUGUCUGUCUCUGUUUAUGAAACUGUUAUGUUCAUAUCGUAGACACUGUCAAGUAAAGUCUUAUCGGCAUUGGAGAUAAUAAAUUGCUAACUGUGAUGUGAUAUUGAUGCCUGUGUUUCCUUGUCGUUGUGUUUUCAAAGGAGGACUCUGAAGAGUAUGGACUCCACUCCAGUGACUGAACUAAGGGGUCAGUUGAAGGGGCCUUAGAAGGGGACCACUCCUCACUUCUAGUCCAAAAGUGCACUUCAAUAUCUACCUCCCAGUGACUCCUAGGCCUAUAGGGACCACUGACUACUUAUCACUGGUAUUGAGUUGAUCUGAGUCAGCUUUAAUCAAUGACUCACCUUCCUCAAUAGACGUCUGCCUACGUAGAUGAACAAGAGUUGCUGUAAGCAUGGAGUUGUCAGCAGUUUGACCUUGUUUUGAGGUCUUUAGCAGUUAGCAGCAUUAGCUUUCCCCACGCACCACCCAGGACCAGGCCAGAGAUGAGUGUGUCUCAGCCCGGGGAACGCGUCCCCGUCGGGGGCAUGAACAGCUCCGGAAUGAGGCUCCCCCUCCUCCGCACCGGCGACCAAAAUGGCAAUGCUUUCCCUGUCUCGUCUUCCUCCUCUUCCUCUUCCUCCCCAGACUCCCUGCAGAGUCUGAGUAGCCUGGACGUCGACAUGGAAUGCGUGAUGACGACCCAAAUCAAAAUGGCCGGCGUCUCACCCGCUGAGGAACCGCCUCAGACAGAGUUCUCGGAAUCCAACGAGAACUCGGUGUCCGUCUACGUGGACGCUGAUGAGGACUCCUGGAACGACAACCUGACCCUCGCCAUGAGCAUUGCUGGGAUACGGGAGCAUAGCAACAGUAUCCAGGGCGAUCUCCAUGAUGACGUCAGCAGUGUGGCGAGCAACAGCGGUGGGAGAAGGGACUCUUCUCCGGACUCUGCGGCCACGGAGAUCCCCGGUGACGAUGAUGAUGUUGAAGAUGAUGAGGAAGGGUCGGUUCCUGUCGAUGAGCUCGGACAUGGUGAUGAGGAGAAUCAGCCUGAGCGACUCGGAGCGUCUCCCCAGCAGCGGGGUGUCCAUCCUGGAGGACUCGGACACGGCCUCCCCCUCUACCACUGCUCCCAUCCAAGCUCCACUCUCCGCCCCACUACCUGACCUCUGUAAGGGCCUUGAGGGGAGGAAGAGUCCUCAUGCUGGGUCCGUCACCAUGGAACUCCAGAACCUCCAGACCAGGGGCAGGAGUUCACCAGGUCUGCCCGAUAGAGAGGCGCUUCAGGUGGGAGUGGAUCUGCCCGAGGAGGCCUGCCCUCUGGAUGUUCUCCCCAUGGGGGAGGCAGCAGACACUGAGCCUGGUGUGGCACUAGAGGUUAUUCUCAGUGAGACUAUAGUGUCUCCUGAUUCUCAAGGCUUCACUGUCAUCUCCCAGACCUCCACCCCAGUACAAGUCUCCAAGAGUGUGGAUUUGGCAGUGUCCCCCUUUACCGUUCCCCAGUCUCCAAACGAAGGGUCCCAGGGUGCGAGCCCCGGCUUCCGCAAGACCAAGCAACACCCGUGUGCAACUCGGGUCAAACCGAACGCCGCCAUCGCCAAGACAAUGGUCACCACGACAUCCAAACCUGGUAAGACCGACAUCAAGAGGUUCCCCAAACCCGACCUGAAGAACGUCAAGUCUAAGAUCAUGUCCAGGCCCACCUCUGCACCCAGAACAGCCAAUCAGACGCAGGGAAAAGCUGCUCCAGCCAAUGAAAAGAAAGCCCCAGACGGAGUCAAAAGGCAAAGGUCGUCUUUGGGUCAAACCAAAGUAGCUUCACUGUUGCCGGGCACCAAACCCAGACCCAAUCAAAACGCUGAGCCCAGAGUCUCUAACCAAUCAGAGAAGAGGAGGACGGGCACUGUAGCCAAUGGUAUUCGCUCCACCUCCAGCAGCUCUCUGGGUUCAGAGUUGGCUGUGGAUGAGCACCAGAGGACCCCUGGAGAGGGUGUCCCAAAUGGAGAAGAGAAUGGUACUACAGGAGGGUGUACUAGAGAGGACACUACAGAGGGAGCAGGGGGUGAGACGCCUGCAGAAAAAAGGAGAAGCAACGGCACAGUAAGUAGUGUGUGUUCUCUCUCUCUCUCUCUCUCUCUCUCUCUGUCUCUAGCUCUCUCUCUCUCUCUCUCUCCCUUGAUGUAAACACUGAUCAGUACGUCACAUGAUAGAAGACCCCACACCAGAUUGCCCUCACCCAAUUCAACUUGGUCAGAUCAGUGAUUUCCUCCAAGAAGUUAGGAAGGAUGUAUUUUUAGUAUCCACAACAGGGCCUGUUAGUGAACUGACUGAGAUUUGCAGUCACCAGGAACAUACUGUACUUUAUCAUGAUGAUAUGACGCAUGUAUAGACCAAACCCAAGGCUGGUUUCAUCCCUAAACGGUUUGGAGCAGUGGUUUUAGGUGAGGGAGUGGUUUUUUGUUGGCAUUUUUCCUUUAAAACCAUUGACAGGUUUCAACUCUUCCUGUGUUUGUGAGUGGCGUGAUUGAAUAGUUGCUCAGGCAAGUCUGAAGUCUGGCUGUGAGCAUGUCAUCACAUGACUUAACUAUGUUGUUAUUCAGGCUUAAGUAAUCCCUGGCUAGAGUGCUUUGGGUUUAAAUGUCAACUGUAUCAUUCACUGCAGAGCGUUUUCAAGACCAGUUAUACUGUUGAACAUUGAACACAGACGGGUUUUGUUUUUGGGUUCUGUUGAACGACAACAUGAAGUGCAGCGACCCCAAUCAUUUUCUAUGGAAUGUCUUGACAUCUGCGUGUGUGUGUGUGUGUGACACGUCGGUUGUUGAGAAUGUUCCGCCACAUUCUGUUCUCAGUUUGAAACUGUCCUCAGGACAGAUUUGUUUCUCAGACACUUCUCAUAUGAAGGCAAAAGCCAUUUGUCAAACUGUUCUGAACAGCCUAAGAAUAGUCUGAACAUUUAUAGUAGUCAGUUAAGUAUUUUCUUUGAAAACUCGCCUGCAAACUCACUCCAUAUGUGCCCUGUGUUUAUAGAAGACGAAAGAGGGAGGAAUUUGAAAGAGGGAGAGGAAAGAAUGAGGGAGGAAAGAAAGAGAGAGAGAGAAACUGGUCCCAGCAGUGAAUCCCAGAGGGAAUGUAGUACAAUAGCAACAUUUUUUACCUCAGAGUUCCAGCCUACUCCUAUUUCCCCUUCCUUCCUCCUCCCUCCCUCUCUCUCUCUCUCCUCCCCCUCCUUCUCACUCCUCCUGCCUGUGUGCGUCUACUUCCACAUUUCUGCCUCCGACUCUGUAAUGGCCAACACCAUGGUCUCGGUGCGCAGCUCCGAGCUGGGCCCCAUGGGCUGGGACGCGGUAACUAAACGACAGCUCUUUCUGCAGAAGGUCUCCUCCAAGCUGGGGACCUCAUCGGCCAGGCAGCUGCCACAGGUCAAGGGCAGGGGGGCCGGGGGAGCGAGCAACACUGGGGGACCCUCCCUGUCUCCCACCUCUCCAGCUCCAGUAGGAGGGAGUCUUGGCUCCAGGCUGCCCCCUCCUGCUCCUCCUACGACGGGGAAAGACGGCCAGACCACUGGGAGUGGGUCUCCACCGAGAGGACGACCAAGUCCGCCAGCUGGUGAGUGUACACACACACACACACACACACACACACACACACACACACGAUCUCUCUGUUGCUCCAUGUGUUUGUUUCUGUCUGAUUGUCUUGAUCUGAUCUGUGUUGAUUGUGUGUGUGUGUGUGUGUGUGGCGCGUACGAGUGUGUGUCUUGUUCACCCAAACCAGAGUGUGUGUUUAAAGUGUCCUUGUCUCUGACACUGCAGAGCUGACAGUUAAAAUGCUUUUCACGGUCCACUGCACCUCACAAGCACACACACACACAUUCUCUCACGCACAGUUUCAAGUCUGUACACACACAGCAAUGUCUGUUCUACACUGUCAUUUCUUCACUUUGUCACUUUGCGGGCGGGCGGGCGGGCAGGCGGGCGUGUGGAUCUCCAGACUGUGUGUUUCUGCUUGGGUCUGUCUCAGUGCUGCACAGUUACAUAAGAUAACUCUCUCUCUCUAUUUUCAUCUCUCUCUCUCUCUCUCUCUCUCUCUCUCUCUCUCUCUCUCUCUCUCUCUCUCUCUCUCUCUCUCUCACAUCAUAUUCCCUCACCACAUGUAGCCAACUGCAUCUUUUAAGAGCCAUUUAAAAUGGGAGACUGACUGUGUGUGUUUGCCUGUGACCUUGCAUGUGUCUGGGGUCUAAUUUUACUCCAACUUCCCUCUCAGUGUGUCCUCAGAGGAAGUUGAAAGCAUAUGUAACCUUGUCUCUUUCUCUCUCUGUCUCUCUCUCUCUGUCUCUCUCUUUCUCUCUCCUUCUCUCUCUCUUUCUCUGUCUGUCUCUCUCUCUAUGUAUCUCUCUAUGUAUCUCUCUCUAUGUAUCUCUCUCUCUCUGUCGCUCUCUCUGUCGCUCUCUCUGUCUCUCUCUCUCUCUCUCUCUCUAUGUCUCUGUCUCUGUCUCUCUGUCUCUCUCUUUCUCUCUCCUUCUCUCUCUCUUUGUCUGUCUCUCUCUCUAUGUAUCUCUCUCUCUCUCUCUCUCUCUCUCUGUCUCUCUCUCUCUCUGUCGCUCUCUCUGUCUCUCUCUCUCUCUCUCUAUGUCUCUGUCUCUGUCUCUCUCUCUCUCUCUCUCUCUCUGUCUCUCUCUGUCUCUCUCACUCUCUCUUUGUGUCUUUCUCUCCUUCUUCCUUCUUUUUGGAUUAUUUCUUUCUUUCGGGUCCUCUCUUCCUUUUGCCCGAGGGGUUUGAUCUAAUGUUUGUUCCUCUGUGUCCCCAUACACACAAAAGGCUUUCUUUUCUUGCGUCUGCUAAAUGACUUAAAUGUGUGAUGUGGGUCAUUUGGAGUGAGUCCCAAAUGGUACCCUAUUCCCUAUAUAGUGCACUGCUUUUGACAAGAGCCUUAUGGGCCCUAGUAAAACUUAGUGCACUAUAUAGGGAAUAGGGUGUCAUUUGGGACGUAGUCUUAGUUACGUGAGACAUCAACAUGUUGUCUUCCAUCUAGUCUCCAAGAGGCCGAUUCAGACUUAGAAAAUUUGCGCCUUUCUUACUCACUUCUCAGUAUUUGGUAUUCAGACUUACCUUAUUCAGUCGCGUAACGCGCUCUGCAGGUGUGGCUGAAUACAUUUUAUUCAACCGCUGAAAACCCUCCCACUUGCUGGCCAACACAUUUUCUUGUGGCAUUUUCAUUCAGUAGGGUUUUCAGUACAUUUAUCUUAAGCCAUCCCUUUAAAUACGGUGUGAUUUUGUCGACAGACUCACUAGAAUAUAUUGAGAGAAUGGGUUCGGAAUAUUAGGGACCAAUGAAAGAAAGCCGUCUAAAUACAUGCAUUUUCGUCUCCAUUUCACAUUUACAGACGCUCUUAUCCAGAGCGACUUACAGGAGCAAAUAGGGUUAAGUGCCUUGCUCAAGGGCACAUCUGCUGAUUUUUCAUGUAGUCGGCUCGGGGAUUCGAACCAGCGACCUUUCGGUUACUGGCCCAACACUCUUAACCGCUAGGCUACCUGCCACCCCGUUUUAGCACCAAUUGUUAGAUUUAAAAAUAGUCUGAUCUUGUAGAUUAUUUAGGGUUAGGAAAGUAUUUAUGAAUCAUAAAACACAGGUUUGGAGAGCCUUUAAUAAAACAUACAGUGGUUUGAUUCAUCCUGAAAACUGCCAUAUUCAGUUUUUCAACCCAUGGUAACCCAUGGUAAUGUUGGAAAAUGUUUGUACAUAGAAUUAUGAUAGGGAGAAUAGUGUACAAUAGUAGGCUACACCCUCGUCUAUUGCCUGCCCUUACCUGCAUUAACCAUCAGGUUCUGACUGUUACGGCGUGGUCUGCGCUCCCCUCCAUAACCAUUUAAUUCACCUACAUGUCAUUUUUUUUUAUAUCAACUGUUACUAAUGAUCGUCAGCAACAACCACAUGAACGUGACGGCGUUGACAGUGGAAGCAAAUGAAUGUAAACCAAACAAUGUAAUGAUAAUGCUAUACCACCUGAAGGGAACUAUCAGUAAAUUGGCAGCUGAAUAUGUGUGGUUGACCUUAUUCAUGGUUUCCUGCUCGUAAAGGGGGUGGACUUAAGAGGGAAUGAAGUCAAGGUCAGAAUACGGCGUAUCUGUAGACACACCUCCGCCACUCCUUCAUUUAUUUAUUUAUGUCCCCUGUAGCUAAGUUGGUAGAGCAUGGCGCUUGCAAUGCCAGGGUUGUGGGUUCGUUUCCCACGGGGGGCCAGUAUGAAAAUGUAUGCACUCACUAAAUGUAAGUCGCUCUGGAUAAGAGCGUCUGCUAAAUGACUAAAAUGUAAUUCAAUCUCCACCCCAAACGAAUAGCAGGUGAAUAGCAUGCUAUUCUCAUGCUUAAGUUUAAGGUCAGAAUACGCAUAGAGAGAAAAGUGCAUAAAAUUCGGGAGCGGAGCGGAUAUGAGGGGGUGUGUGUGGAAGAAUGAAUCUGUCGGAAAACGUCAAAUUCUGAGUGGACAAUAGUUUGCUUGUUUCUGAAAAAACUGUGCCAAAUUUGACCCUGAACUCUGGCCAUGUUGAAAAGGCGCCUUUGAGAGGCACAUUCAGAAACCUUCUCCACACAAAUAAAAGUUCAAAGGCUGUCUGUUACUCAAUCACCAUCAUUUGUUCCCAAAUGUCAUAUGUGGUUACUGAGGCAACAUGCUUGUGUUCAAAGAAAUGCUUGUGCUUGUGUUCAUUCUUACCUUGUUGUGAACACUCACCACGAGGUGAACACACAGAGCUCCAAAUGUUGCCUAGGUAACAUAAACAUGUCUAUUUGUGUCUUCCUAAGAUAUUCAGGCAACCAUCACACAGCUAUAAGUUCUCAAUUAUACACUGAGUAUACAAAACAUUAUGCUCUUUCCAUGGCAUAGACUGACCAGGUGAAUCCAGGUGAAAGCUAUGAUCCCUUAUUGAUGUCACUUGUUAAAUCCACUUCAAUCAGUGUUGAUGAUUUUUAAGCCUUGAGACAAUUGAGACAUGGAUUGUGUAUGUGUGCCAUUCAGAGGGUGAAUGGGCAAGACAAAAGAUUGAAGUGCCUUUGAACGGGGUAUGGUAGUAGGUGCCAGACGCACCAGUUUGUGUCAAGAACUGCAACGCUGCUGGGUUUUUCACGUUCUAAAGUUUCCCAUGUGUAUCAAGAAUGGUCCGCCACCCAAAGGACAUCCAGCCAACUUGACACAACUGUGGGAAGCAUUGGAGUCAACAUGGGCCAGUAUCCCUGUGGAACGCUUUCGACACCUUGUAGAGUAGAGGACGAAUCGAGGCUGUUCUGAGGGCAAAAGGGGGUGUAACUCAAUAUUAGGAAGGUGUACCUAACGUUUGGUAAACUGAGUGUAAAAUACUGUAUGUUUUUUACACCAAACCAGUUCGUUGUCAAAGGGUUAUUUUGGUGGUAACUAAAACUGUACACAGGAGGUCUAUUCAGUGGUGUUACUGAAAUAUCUAACAGCUUGAGCUAGACGUUUCGUAUACACACAGAUCCAGGACCAGCUUUCCCUGCUCCAGUCCGAACCCUGACCAUCAUGAGGGAAAACGUCAAACUGACCAUACAAUAGAUCAUUGUUAUCCUACUACUAAUCUCUACACAGCAGGCUCUUCCUCUCUUUGCUGUCUCUGAUGAGCAAAGCCGAUGGUGGCUGAACCCACAGGUCCACUCAGGGCGUUGUCAUGGAUACACAUGUACACAUGAAUGCUGAUUGGCUGACAGCUGUGGUAUAUCAGACCGUAUACCAUGGGUGUGACAAAACAUUUUAUUUUUACUGCUCUAAUUACGUUGGUAACCAGUUUAUAAUAGCUAUAAAGUAUCCAGGCACUCCGCGUUGCGUUAUGCAUAAGAACAGCCCUUAGCCGUGGUAUAUUGGCCAUAUACCACACCCCCUCGUGCCUUAUUGCUUAAGUAUACUGACAUAUUUAUAUUAUCGACAUUGAUUCAUACACUGAUACAGACGUGAAUACUUCUCCCAAAACCUGCACUGAAACUGAUGAUCCCUGUUGGUCCUUUCCUACAUUUCCCAGGUAUCCCCAAGCCACGUGUCACAGACAGACCCUCAGGAUUGGCUGCCCCUACUGUGGUGACCUCUAACCCAAAGCCGUCGGUCAACCAGGGGUUAGGUGCUGCUCGGCCUGCCGCCACCGCCGCCGCGUCCAAACUGCCCGUGAAGAACCUACCCACAAGCCUUAGCUCGUCUUCUCUGGGCAGCGCCGCCAGGGAGAGUAAUGGAUCUCCAGCAGCCCCCAGCAAAGGUGAGACUGUGUGUGUGAGACUGUGUGUGUGCGUGCGUAUGAAAAUGUAUGAAAAUGUAUUCACUCACUAACUGUAAGUCGCUCUGGAUAAGAGUGUUUGCUAAAUGACUAAAAUGUAAAAAUGUAUUGAGUUAUUCUUCCUACAUUGCUCAACCACAGAAAGCCUCACACACACACACACACACACACACACACACACAGUGUGCAAGCAGGGGUUUUCAUUGGUGUGGUCUUCCUGUUGCUGGUGAUUCACAUCCUCCUCUAGACAUUAGCUCUCUCAGACACACACACACUCUCCAUGAGUCUCCCCUGCCAUUUGACUCUCUGAAGAGAAUGUCAGCGUGAAUCUGGCCCCUCGUUGCCGUGGCAUUCCUGCUUUCUCUAUCGAGGUCAGAGUUCACAUCUGCCCAGGCUCUGUGUGUGUGUGUGUGUUAAUAUGUAUAUGAUCAGAGAGGCGGACAGGGUACUCUCCUGACCCACAUAUCCCCGGGGGCUUUGUCUGGACGGCACCAUAAACCUCUGGGUUACAUCUGGUCCUGCACAUCCUCCUCUCUAUAUCUACUGUAGCUGCUGGGGAGUUGUAGGAGGUGGCAGUUGGGUGGUGGUUGUGUGUUGGGGAACAUUGAGGUGUGUUUGGAGGAGGGUGAGGACUGACUCUUACUCACACACAUUUAUUUAACUAAUUUCAGGGAGUAAAUAUUAGUUUCCAGAAAGUCUACAUGCUUAUUGUACAGACCUGCUGUAGCCUGCUGUCAGGUCUGCACUGAUUUAAUGUACAUGUCCCUAAAGGCAUUUUGAGUCAAUAAGCUCCACCAGUGUUAGCUUGCUAUACUGAACCAGUCAAUACUGGAUAAUGUGUAGUUGCUGUAUCUCAGUUUAUCAGGAAAUCUAUACUUAAACCAACACACAACACAUUGAACGUGUAGAGUUGAGUUUGACAGUGAGGUUUCUAUUACUAUCUAAUAGUUUCAUGUAAUAGCCCAGUAUUAUAUUGGUCUAAUGGGAUAAGUCUGAAUAAUGCUUAUCAACAGCAUCACAUGGCCUCCCUGUGUGACUUGGACUAAAUGGGGAUAGAUGGUCAAUGGUUGUGUUUGUUCACUGCAGUACUGCCACCACUCUGUUGAAGAGAAAGAAGAGGGGGGUGGGGAAGACCUGCUGGAGGAAUGUCUUGGAAACCUGGAAUUCCUUUAGUGACAGAACAGUAGAGGAAAGGGAAACAUGUUUUUUCCUUCUCUCUCUCUCUCUCUCUCUCUCUCUCUCUCUCUCUCUCUCAUUCUCUCUCUCUCUCCGUCUCUCUCAUUCUCUCUCUCUCUCUCUCUCUCUCUCCUCUCCAUCGCUCUCAUGCACUCUCUCACUCUUCUCGCAAUCGCUCUCUCUCUCCACACAUGCACACUUUCACACACUCUCUCUCUCUCACACUCUCACUGCAAUGACUCACCGCCGAGGUAGAAGACCUAUGGUUACUGUUGGAUGAGCAGGUUGUCGUGGUGAUCAGAUGACGACCAAGAUACUGUUCAUAUGGCGAUGCGCCACCUCUGUUUACAGAGGAAAUAAUCACACACACACAGUGAUCACUCAAAUCAAUCUACCAUUGCACCUUAACUACAUAAACAUAAUUGUUUCCCAUUGCUCUAAUUGAGCUACAGGCGGCUGUCACAACAUUUACAUUUUACAUUUUAGUCAUUUAGCAGACGCUCUUAUCCAGAGCGACUUACAGUUAGUGAGUGCAUACAUUCUUUAAUUUUUUUAUUUUAUUUUUAUUCUUCUUUUAUAUAUAUAUAUAUUUUUUUUUCAUACUGCCCCCCCCGUGGGAAUCGAACCCACAACCCUGGCGUUGCAAACGCCAUGCUCUACCAACUGAGCUACAUCCCUGCCGGCCAUUCCCUCCCCUACCCUGGACGACGCUGUGCCAAUUGUGCGCCGCCCCAUGGGUCUCCCGGGCGCGGCCGGCUACGACAGAGCCUGGAUUCGAACCAGGAUCUCUAGUGGCACAGCUAGCACUGCGAUGCAGUGCCUUAGACCACUGCGCCACUCGGGAGAUGCAGAGAUGCACAAAUGCAGAUAAUAUUGUUUAUGCAGCGUUUUGAGACAUUGGUAAUCAGUUGCCUAAUGAUUGUAAUCAUGUAGAUAAUUAGGACCAGAAAUUAUUCCCCUUUGGUGGGAAAUCGGCAUUAUGUGCAUUUAGUUUAACGAGGGGAAUUAUGUGGUGUAAACAGUGUGGAGAUGAUUGCGUUUUUCUUUCUGAUGUUUGGGCUGUGAGAGGUUCUCUAUCUGCCCACACACAGUUAUUCACAAAGGAGACUAUUUCAGUUUUGAUACAGUAGAACUAUCAUCUUUCAGUAUUGAAGGGUGGAACGCCAUUUGGGUCUUUGCGUGUCAAAAAAGAGACACGUCAAAUAACACAAUUCUAUUAUAGAAUGUUGUGUGUGCUGAAGUUGCACGUGCAAGCCAAUCAUCUUUGAGUAUUGAACAACUCAAACUAAACCAAAUACAGUUGAGUGAGGUUUGAAUGAGUUUCAGUCUAUUUCCAAGUGGUUAAUAGACUAUAUUUGUAUGAGUUAUUUCUUAAUUCUAGUAUUAACUGAUCAUCCCUGUCUUUCUCUGUCCUAGUCCCAGCUCCAGUGAUCGGGUGCUGUAAGCCAGAGGAGAGGCCCAGCCGGCCUACCGCUCCAGGGGUCACCCAGGGGUCGGUUAAGGCCCCCAGCAACCCACUGGGGUUCCGAACCAGAGCCCCCUCACUACCAGGGAGAAGCACUGCAACAGGUGAGCACACACACACACACACAAUACUUCCACAGAUCCUUGGUGUAUGCUUACUUUCACUCACUAACCUUUUGAUUUUGAGGCCUAUCACUUUAAGUCUGAUGGCCUAAGCAUAGUUAGCAUUUAAACAUGUGCAGAUGUGUCUAAAUGUGCUCAACAUUACUAAUCAGUUUCACUAAUGAAUCAGUUUCACUGUCUUUGAUGUGUUUCUCUGAUCAGUAUCAGAUGGAAUAGUCUUAUUUAACCCAGAUGAUGAUGUCUCAUCUGGUGCUUUGAUUUAAACACACACACACACACACACACAUACAUACGCCAUCUCCUUGACUUGAAUGUCUUUUAGCUCAAAUAUGGACAUAUUCGUAUUCAAAUGUGUUCGUUUCUUCUGAUCAGACCCAAUGUGCUGUUCCAACAGAACCCCAUAGUUUGGAAUAUUACAGAACCAGGAUUGUAUUACCAACCAACCUCAGUCCCUGUGUUGUCAAUGAAUAUAGCACCCCCUUAUAUUGGUCAUACAGUGCAUUUGGAAAGUAUUCAGACCCCUUGACUGUUUCCACAUUUUGUUACGUUACAGCCUUAUUCUAAAAUGGAUUAAAUUGUUUUUUUCCCUUCAUCAAUCCACACACAAUACCCCAUAAUGACAAAGCAAAAACAGGUUUUUAGACAUUUUUAUAAAAAUAAAAAACAGAAAUAUCACAUUUACAUAAGUAUUCAGACCCUUUACUCAGUACUUUGUUGAAGCACCUUUGGCAGCGAUUACAGCCUUGAGUCUUCUUGGGUAUGACGCUACAAGCUUGGCAAACCUGUAUUUGGGGAGUUUCUCCCAUUCUUCUCUGCAGAUCCUCUCAAGCUCUGUCAGGUUGGAUGGGGAGCGUCGCUGCACAAAUAUUUUCAGGUCUCUCCAGAGAUGUUCGAUCGGGUUCAAGUCCGGGCUCUGGCUGGGACACUCAAGGACAUUCAGAGACUUGUCCCGAAGCCACUCCUGCGUUGUCUUGGCUGUGUGCUUAGGGUGGUUGUCCUGUUGGAAGGUGAACCUUCUCCCCAGUCUGAGGUCCUGAGCGCUCUGGAGAAGGUUUUCAUCAAGGAUCUCUCUGUACUUUGCUCCGUUCAUCUUUCCCUCAAUCCUGACUAGUCUCCCAGUCCCUGCCGCAGAAAAACAUCCCCACAGCAUGAUGCUGCCACCACCAUGCAUUCCCGUAGGGAUGGUGCCAGGUUUCCUCCAGACGUGGCGCUUGGCAUUCAGGCCAAAGAGUUCAAUCUUGGUUUCAUCAGACCAGAGAAUCUUGUUUCUCAUGGUCUGAGAGUCCUUUAGGUGCCUUUUGGCAAACUCCAAGCGGGCUGUCAUGUGCCCUUUACUGAGGAGUGGCUUCCGUCUGGCCACUCUACCAUAAAGGCCUGAUUGGUGGAGUGCUACAGAGAUGGUUGUCCUUCUGGAAGUUUAACCCAUCUCCACAGAGGAACUCUGGAGCUCUGUCAGAGUGACCAUCGGAUUCUUGGUCACCUCCCUGACCAAGGCUCUUCUCCCCAGAUUGCUCAGUUUUGCCGGGUGGCCAGAUCUAUGAAGAGUCUUGGUGGUUCUAAACUUCUUCCAUUUAAGAAUUAUGGAGGCCACUGUGUUCUUGGGAACCUUCAAUGCUGCAGAAAUGUUUUGGUACCCUUCCCCAGAUCUGUGCCUUGACACAAUCCUGUCUCGGAGCUCUACGGACAAUUCCUUCGACCUCAUGGCUUGGUUUUUGCUCUGACAUGCACUGUCAACUGUGGGACCUUAUAUAGACAGGUGUGUGCCUUUCCAAAUCAUGUCCAAUCAAUUGAAUUGACCACAGGUGGACUCCAAUCAGGUUGUAGAAACAUCUCAAGGAUGAUCAAUGGAAACAGGAUGUAACUGAGCUCAAUUUCGAGUCUCAUAGCAAAAGGUCUGAAUACUUAUGUAAAUAAGGUAUUUUCUGAAGAAAGAAAAUUAUACAUUUGCAAAAAUGUCUAAAAAACAGUUUUCACUUUGUUAUUAUGGGGUAUUGUGUGUAGAUGAAUUUUAGAAUAAGGCUGUAACGUAACAAAAUGUGGAAAAAGGGAAGGGGUCUGAAUACUUUCCGAAUGCACAGUAUAGAAUAUCUGUUUAUUUCUAUGGCCUCUGAAAGUGCCCACUGGAUAUGAAUAAUAUUAGCUUGGGGUAGAUGGAGAACAGUACAUCUGCUGUAGCGACGUCAUGUUGCCAUGGUAGCAGUGACCACUGACAGUUAAUGGAUACAGUAGUCGGUAUGUUAGUUGAUUUUCCCUGUGGAUUUCUGCUGGGUUGAAGUGUAAACAUUAUAUGAGCACCAAGAUGUUUUAUUCCAUUGUAUCUAGGUCAGUCUGAUUUUCUCAUUGGUUUUAGCAACUCAACUUUCUAAAUUCCUGGAUAUUCCCUCAACUCUCUCAAUUCCCACAAAUAUCUAGAAUUUUUUUCCCACUAUAUUGGACAAUACCAAACCAAAUAUCAACAGACUAGCUGUUUAUCUAACUAUAUCUAGUUGAGGAUAUGGCUAGUUUCUAAAAUCAUAUUUCAACAUAAUCCUUUCCCUCCCCGUGGCCCAAAUGACCCAUCAUCCUCCGAUUCCCAUUGAGUAGCAGUCUACAGGGCCCAGUUUUUCAAAAGUUAUCUCUCCGGAUUUCAGCAACCGGAUAGGAGUCCUCAUUCAAGUCCUCAUUCAAGUCAGUGAUUCUUCCGUUCUAUUAAUUAUAUUUCUAUGGAUUUAAUCCUAUCCGAUAGAGGAAAUCCAGAUAGAUAACUUUUUGAAAAGCUGGGCCCAGGUGAUUAUGAGGGUUUCUUAUCCACCUAUGUACCUGUAGUAGGUGAAGAUCAGAUUGAUAACUUAGUUGGUGGAAAGGGGACCCGUAGGUGAUAGAGGCUGUCCUGAUUGCACAGGCUUGUACCCUGUAGUAGUGGACAGAGGGCUUGUACCCUGUAGUAGGUGGACAGAGAGGCUUGUACCCUGUAGUUGUGGACACAGGGGCUUGUACCCUGUAGUAGGUAGACAGAGAGGCUUGUACCCUGUAGUAGGUGGACACAGGGGCUUGUACCCUGUAGUAGGUGGACAGAGAGGCUUGUACCCUGUAGUUUAGUGGACAAAGGGCUUGUACCCUGUAGUGGUGACAAGAGGCUUGUACCCUGUAGUAGGUGGACACAGGGGCUUGUACCCUGUAGUAGGUGGACAGAGAGGCUUGUACCCUGUAGUUGGUGGACACAGGGGCUUGUACCCUGUAGUAGGUGGACACAGGGGCUUGUACCCUGUAGUAGGUGGACACAUGGGCUUGUACCCUGUAAUUGGUGGACACAGGGGCUUGUACCCUGUAGUAGGUGGACACAGGGGCUUGUACCCUGUAGUAGGUGGACACAUGGGCUUGUACCCUGUAGGAGGUGGACACAGAGGAUUGUACCCUGUAGGAGGUGGACACAGAGGCUUGUACCCUGUAGGAGGUGGACACAUGGGCUUGUACCUGGUAGUAGGUGGACACAGAGGCUUGUACCCUGUAGGAGGUGGACACAGAGGCUUGUACCCUGUAGGAGGUGGACACAGGGGCUUGUACCCUGUAGUAGGUGGACACAGGGGCUUGUACCCUGUAGGAGGUGGACACAGGGGCUUGUACCCUGUAGGAGGUGGACACAGGGGCUUGUACCCUGUAGUAGGUGGACACAGGGGCUUGUACCCUGUAGUAGGUGGACACAGGGGCUUGUACCCUGUAGGAGGUGGACACAGUCUAAAUCUCUGAGCUCUCCUUCAAGACCCAAGCUCCACUACUACACAGAUACUCCAUAAGACCACACUAGCCCUAUAACCUGGUAGUCUCUGCUACAAGGCUACAGUUAGGUUUAGUCUGUCUGUUGACAUGGGGUUUCACUACCAUAGGGCUGAAGACUCCAGCGGUGACCAGCCAGGUAGCAGGCAAGCAGGCCCAGAACCCCCUACAGAGGGCCGGCUCGGCCAGACUCAACCGCCCCACAGCUGCUGCCACAGGUAAGAGUUCUGUUUGAACUUUUUGGUGUUGUUGGGUUUGGGUUUUGUGCUUGGCUUCAGUCUGCUAGUGUUUUGUGUUUUUCUGUGCCUAGUUCUACGUAGCGAUUAGGGUUCCUUAAAUGGCACUAGAGCCAAGGAUCUUGCAGUAUAUUUAAGCAAUAAGGCCCGAGGGGGUGUUGUAUAUGGCCAAUAUACCACGGUGGAGUGCCUGGACACAGCCCUUAGCCGUGGUAUAUUGGCCAUAUACCACAAACCCCCGAGUUGCCUUAUUGCUAUUAUAAACUGGUUACCAACGUAAUUAGAGCAGUAAAAAUAAAUGUUUUGUCAUACCCGUGGUAUACGGUCUGAGAUACAACGGCUGUCAGCCAAUCACCAUUCAGGGCUCGAACCACCCAGUUUAUAAUUUAGUAUAGUGUCUCUGAAAAAGAGACUUGAGAGCGAUAUGAUUCUCACACAUACAGGUGUCAUGGUUAUUGUUGAAUUGUGAGCGAAUCUCCGCACACCGGUUAUACUUUAGCACCCACGCCACAGGAGCGUGUAGGCCCCCAGUUACCAUGGUAGCGCUCCAACUUCAUCACACACUUGAUUUGUGUAAAAAAAGACUUGGAACAUUCCGGCCUCAACCGGUUAGGGGUUUCAGCCUUGCAUUUUCCUUAAUCCAUGACAGCUUAUUUAGAAAAAUCUAUGUUUGUGUCCGAAUGGCCACAAUAUACAGUAUGAAAGUGACGCGUCAUUUUCCAAGAAGUAGCCUGGUAGUUUUUUUUACUUUUGUAGGCAUUUUGAAUGGUCUUCAAUGGGCAAUGUAGCGCAAUGGUCUUCAGCGCAAAAAACGUCAUAAAAGGCAUCUGGCAGAAGUAAAUUCAUCCACAAACACGAAUAUAAUUGUAUAUACAGUAUAUAUAUAUAUAAUAUACAGUGCCUUCUGAAAGUAUUCAGACCCCUUGACUUUUUCCACAUUUUGUUACGUUACAGCCUUAUUCGAAAAUUGAUUUUUUUAAAAAAAAAUUAUCCUCAGCAAUCUACACACAAUACCCCAUAAUGGCAAAGCGAAAACAGGUUUUUAGACAUUUUUGCAAAUGUGUGUAUAUAUAUAUAUUUUUGUAAUACCUUAUUUACUUAAGUAUUCAGACCCUUUGCUAUGAGACUCGAAAUUGAGCUCAGGUGCAUCCUGUUUCCAUUGAUUAUCCUUGAGAUGUUCCUACAAUUUGAUUGGAGUCCGCCUUUGGUAAAUUAAAUUGAUUGGGCAUGAUUUGGAAAGGCACACACCUGUCUAUAUAAGGUCCCACAGUUGACAGUGCAUGUCAGAGCAAAAACCAAGCCAUGAGGUCGAAGGAAUUGUCCGUAGAGCUCCGAGACAGGACUGUGUCGAGGCACAGAUCUGGGGAAGGGUACCAAAACAUUUCUGCAGCAUUGAAGGUCCCCAAGAACACAGUGGCCUCCAACAUUCUUAAAUGGAAGAAGUUUGGAACCACCAAGACUCUUCAUAGAGCUGGCCACCCAGCCAAACUGAGCAAUCGGGGGAGAAGGGCCUUGGUCAGGGAGGUGACCAAGAACCCGAUGGUCACUUUGACAGAGCUCUAGAGUUUCUCUGUGGAGAUGGGAGAAUCUUCCAGAAGGACAACCAUCUCUGCAGCACUCCACCAAUCAGGCCUUUAUGGUAGAGUGGCCAGACGGAAGCCACUCCUCAGUAAAAGGCACAUGACAGCCCGCUUGGAGUUUGCCAAAAGGCACCUAAAGACUCUCAGACCAUGAGAAACAAGAUUCUCUGGUCUGAUGAAACCAAGAUUGAACUCUUUGGCCUGAAUUCCAAGCGUCACAUCUGGAGGAAACCUGGCACCGUCCCUACAGGAAAGCAUGGUGGUGGCAGCAUCAUGCUGUGGGGAUGUUUUUCAGUGGCAGGGACUGGGAGACUAGUCAGGAUUGAGGGAAAGAUGAACGGAGCAAAGUACAGAGAGAUCCUUGAUGAAAACCUGCUCCAGAGCGCUCAGGACCUCAGACUGGGGCGAAGGGUCACCUUCCAACAGGACAACAACCCUAAGCACCCAGCCAAGACAACGCAGGAGUGGCUUCGGGACAAGUCUCUGAAUGUCCUUGAGUGUCCCAGCCAGAGCCCGGACUUGAACCCGAUCGAACAUCUCUGGAGAGACCUGAAAAUAGCUGUGCAGCAACGCUCCCCAUCCAACCUGACAGAGCUUGAGUGGAUCUGCAGAGAAGAAUGGGAGAAACUCCCCAAAUACAGAUGUGCCAAGCUUGUAGCGUCAUACCCAAGAAGACUCGAUGCUGUAAUCGCUGCCAAAGGUGCUUUAACAAAGUAUUGGGUAAAGGGUCUGAAUACUUAUGUAAAUGUGAUAUUUCAGUUUUUUGUUAUUUAAAUAAAUUAGCAAAGAUGUCUAAAAACCUGUUUUUGCUUUGUCAUUAUGGGGUAUUGUGUGUAGAUUGAUGAGGAAAAAAACUAUUUAAUCAAUUUUAGAAUAAGGCUGUAAUAUAACAAAAUUUGAAAAAAAGUCAAGGGGUCUGAAUACUUUCCGAAGGCACUGCAUAUAUCUUAAAUUACCUAGUUUUCACAAAUGUUAUGACAUAAUUGUCAAGCUAGCCCAUUCAAAAGAUUAGGGGACAGGAACAGGAAGUAUGACGUAGGAUGAUCUCACUUGCACAUCGUAUUAGUGCAUUUCCCUUGACAAAUGUUGUCAAAGUUGCACUGUUGUUAUAUCACAGAUGGGUGACUGAAUAAUUCUAGCUCAAUAUACAGUAUAAGCCGAAACAGUUUCUAUAACUAUGAACUAACGGUUUCUAUAACUAUUACCCUCAUUUCAUUUAACUGAAGUUUUAAGUCACUGUGUUUAGUUCAAAGGUUUUCUAUUUAAAACACAGUUAUGGAUGUCUGUAGCCUAAUUGGGGAGAUACGAGGAAGACAGUUAUAAAUAGAAGAAUGUAAAAACGUGUUAGCGAUUUGGGAAGCAUUCCCAUGUGUGUGUCGAUCAUUAGGAGCGUUUGGGUUGUGCGUUCUGGCUGACUAGCUCGGAGCUCACAGGCUCGUGUCGAGGGUAAACAAACACACAAAGAAUGGCGUCCCGAACUCUUCCUGUAAUUAAAGGGAUACAGGGGACUGAUGGAAAUCACUUGGAGGGAAACUAGGCGAAACUGUCUCCUCUGUCACACACAGACCCUGUGCGCAUGCAUGGUAGCCAGCACUGUUGGAUCUAGGCUCGUCACAGAUGACGGACGGCCACGUUGACACUGCCCUGGCGUCGCUUCAAAUACUUCUCUCACCAUCGACUGUGCAUUGUUGUGGACAUGUGUGCUCUAACGUUACGAUGCCCAUCUGUUUUCAACUGGCAUGUUAAACUGGCACCAUGUGGAGAAGAAUAGGCCAGUAGUUUGUUGAGCCCAAUGUAAUGUGUUGACACUAGGGCCAUUCGUCCUGCAAUCUCUCUUGUUGGCAGUUGGCAACGCUGCCACUACUAUAGUAAGGACAUGUGGUCCCAAUGUGCUCCUAUCAACAGGUCUCAGAUUAGUUUUUGUUGCUCAGCUCAUAAUGGUUAAGGUUAGAUUUGGGUUUGCGAUUGCUGAUCCCAAAUCAGUCUUUUAAAAGCAGAAAGUGCAGUGUUUUCAGUUAACAUAUUUAGGCCAUCUCACCGAAGGCUUUGUGAAGAGUGGAUGUGUUCCUGGAGGCCUGGCGAAGCCUGGGUCUGUGGUUAGUCCUUUCCCUCAGCCUGGGCUGGUCUUGAUUGGGCUAGGCCACGGCGCCUGGCUGCCUCUCUGCUGCGGUCGCGUCAGGAACUCCCACUGGGGGUUUGUGGGGAGCCACCAGUCACAGACAUGCUGUCACCCCCGCCGGCGUACCACCACACACACACACACAGUAUUGCACACAUAAACAGUAUACACACACACACACACACACACACACACACACACACACACACACACACACACACACACACACACACACACAAAACAAUGGCUUUACAGGCCAGCGGUUACAAUGGCUGUUGAAGCUGUCUGGCAAGAUGCCUGUUUUCAGUUUUCUUUUAUAAGACAGACUUUAUUCAUUUUGUUGCCCGCUGCCUAAGUUUAGAUAUUGGAUCAGUGCAGCUCUGCUAUGGGACUAUUUAUACUUCAGGGCUGAGUUGUGCUUUAUAUGUACUUGAGUUGUCUUGGCUUGCAGCUCAGGACACCGUUCUCAAGUGGGGCUCUUACAUGAAGUGA